AUGAUCCGGGCCUUCUCGUUCCCGGUGAGCCCCGAGCGGGGCCGGCUGCGGGGCUGGCUGGAGGGCAGCCUGGCUGGGCUCUGUGAGUUGCACUGGUUACGGGAGAGGCAGGAGUACCGCGUGCAGCAGGCGCUGCGGCUGGCCCAGCCCGGAAUGGGGGGCGCCGAGGCCGAGGACGAGGAGGACGCCGACGAGGAUGAAGAUGCGGCGGCGGCGCGGCGGGCCGCAGCGGCCCUGGAAGAGCAGCUGGAGGCCUUGCCCGGGCUCAUCUGGGACCUGGGCCAGCAGCUGGGAGACCUGAGCCUGGAGUCUGGGGGCCUGGAACAGGAGAGCGGGCGCAGCUCGGGCUUCUAUGAAGACCCCAGCUCCACAGUAGGUCCCGACUCGCCACCAUCGACAUUCUGCGGGGACAGUGGCUUCUCUGGAUCUGGCUCCUAUGGACGCCUGGGUCCCUCUGAACCCCGGGGCAUCUAUGCCAGCGAGAGGCCCAAGUCCCUAGGAGACGCCAGUCCCAGCGCUCCCGAGGCGGUGGGAGCUCGGGCACCAGUGCCGCGGUCCUUCUCCGCCCCUUAUCCGACGGGCGCGGGGUCUGCGGGCCCGGAGGCCUGCUCCUCAGCGGAGCGGCGCGCCCGAGCAGGGCCCUUCCUGACGCCCAGCCCCCUGCACGCCGUGGCACUGCGCAGCCCGCGGCCUUGCGGUCGUCCUCCGGCAGACUCGCCAGACGUACCGGGCGCGGGGCGGCCCCUGGACGGCUACAUCUCGGCGCUCCUGCGCAGGCGCCGCCGCCGGGGGGCGGGCCAGCCCCGGACCAGUCCCGGGGGCGCGGACGGGGUCCCGCGGCGCCAGAACAGCGUGCGCCAGCGGCCGCCCGACGCGUCCCCGCCCCCCGGAGGCGCGCGGCCCGCGCCUGAGCCCCCAGUGGAGCGCGCGGGGGGCCGUCCCUCGAGUCCGGCCGCCUUGGGACGGGCCUGGGCCUCGCCAUGGGAGUCGGAGGCGGCGCCAGAGCCCGCUGCGUCGCCCGCUGUCCCCUCGCCCCCGGACAGCCCGGCCGAGGGCCGCCUGGUGAAGGCGCAGUACAUCCCAGGCGCCCAGGCGGCCACCCGCGGCCUCCCUGGCCGCGCGGCCCGCCGCAAAGCGCCACCACUAACCCGGGGCCGCAGCGUGGAGCAGUCCCCACCCCGGGAGCGUCCUAGGGCCGCGGGCCGCCGCGGACGCAUGACAGAGGCUUCGGGCCGCCGAGGCUCGCCCAGGGCUCGAAAGGCCGCGCGCUCCCAGUCCGAGACCAGUCUGUUGGGCCGCGCCGCUGCGGUGCCUCCGGGGCCUCCCAAGUACCCCACGGCGGAGCGGGAAGAGCCGCGGCCUCCGCGGCCCCGCCGCGGCCCAGCACCCACCCUGGCCGCGCAGGCCGCGGGGUCCUGCCGCCGCUGGCGCUCCACGGCCGAGAUCGACGCAGCCGACGGGCGCCGCGGCCGUCCCCGCGCCCCCGCCGCCCGUGGCCCAGGUCCUGGCCCAUCCCCGUCUGCUCCUCAGCGCCGGUUGCUCUACGGCUGUGCGGGCAGCGACUCCGAGUGCUCGACGGGGCGCCUGGGGCCCCUUGGACGCCGGGGCCCUGCGGGCGGCGGCGGCGGCGGCGGCUACGGGGAGAGUGAAUCGAGUGCCAGCGAGGGGGAGUCGCCUGCCUUCAGCUCCGCAUCCAGCGACUCAGACGGCAGCGGUGGCCUCGUGUGGCCGCAGCAGCUGGUGGCAGCCACCGCGGCUUCCGGGCCAGGAGGUGGUGCGGGUGGAGGGGCGCCCGCCGGCCCCGCCAAAGUCUUUGUGAAGAUCAAGGCUUCCCACGCGCUCAAGAAAAAGAUACUGCGUUUCCGUUCGGGUUCUCUUAAGGUCAUGACUACAGUGUGA